CUCGUUCUUUUCUGCGACAGAAAUUAAUUAUUUUUUAACACACAAAGCAUUGUUUUAAAACUAAAAGGUGUGAAUUAAUUGUUAACGCAAGAUGGACGGGAGUCAAUACUCCAUUCAUUCAAUAUGCCGCAUUUGUUUAAACCACCUGCAAAACGAUGCUACAUACGACCUCUUCUUGAUUCCGGGCUUGGCCAAAAAGCUGUGUAUGUGCACGUCACUGUCGGUGGAGCAGCAGGAUGGCUUUCCGAAGAACCUCUGCACCAGUUGCUACACCAGGCUGAACGACAUGCAUGACUUUCAGAAACUGUGCGCGGACUCGGUACAGAAAUUUCAAGAUCUGGUUGCUAAAAAUACUUUUACCUGCAACUUUGACGUCCUAGACCCAAGUGCGUCUCAGGAUGGAGAUUUGGCAGGCGACGAUGAGGACCGAUUAAACUACGACCCACUACUAAAUCAUAAAAUGGAAUUGAUCGAGAAUGAGGAGGAUGUUUUUAAAAUGCUGGAGGACGUCGACAAGGAAGCCGAGGAAGUAGAAAAGGAGGUCAAGAACGUUGAGGUGGCACCGAUUGAGACGAAAAUGUUUGACGAUUACUCCUCAUAUGAAAGUGGCAACGACAAUGAUCGCGAUGUUGAUUUUGAGCCGGACAGCAGUGAUGAUGAUGUGCCAUUGGCGCAGCGCCUUCGAGACAAAGCGAUGGGCUCACAAAAGUCGAAGUCUAAAAAGAAAGAUGUAUUCGAUGACGACAGCGAUAGUUCUAGCUCAGAAUCGGAUAGCACAAUAAAUGGUGGACCCAAAGAGAAACCAAAGCGUAAGCGUAUUCCAGCAGCAGAGCGCCACUUGCAUCGCAUCAUCGAGUGCCACAUUUGUCAUCAAAAGUUCAAGAAAGCAAUACGAUAUGAGGAGCACAUGAAGUACCACAACGAUCUGCUGCCAUUUCAAUGCAAAGUGGAAACUUGUAAGAAGGGUUUCACAACCGCCGGCGGCCUCCGCCUGCAUGUUGAUCAUGCACAUACUGAACUCUCCGAGGUCCAUCCCUGUACUGUUGAAGGUUGUGACAAGACAUUCCCCCGCAUCCGUUUGCUGACUUUCCACAUGAAGAAGGUGCACAACAUAUCGAAGGCAUCCGCGCCACCAAGAGACUACCCCUGCACCGAAUGUCAAACAGUUUUCCGCUGUCCUACAGCACUAAAGAAGCACAUGUACAAGCACGAUGGCAAGGAGCUACCAUUCCCAUGUAAUAUCUGCGGCAAACGGUUCGUUAUUAACAGCGCUCUAAGGGAUCAUUUGAUGCGGCACGCCGGUAUCAAGAACCAUGUCUGUCCGUACUGUGGCGUAGGCAAGACCACACGCCAGGAAUGGAAUGCUCAUAUUUUGACGCAUACCCAGGAGAAAAAAUUCAAAUGUACCAUUUGCGAUCAUGCUUCUCACAAUCGCCAGAGCUUGGCCAACCACAUAAAGGUAGUACAUCAGAAAAUCAAAAAUUAUUCCUGCCAAUAUUGUGGCAAACCUUUUGGCAAGUCGUAUGCCUGCAAAAUACACGAAAGAAGCCACACUGGCGAGAAAUGUUCCGAGUGCAAGAUCUGUGGUAGGGUUUUCCUAUGCGCCAAGAGUUUGACAAAACAUUUGAAGACACACGAAAAGCGUGAUUUGCCACCACCGGAAACGCUUGUUAAUCAGCCGCUAGAUCCGACAAUUGCUGCUCCAGGAAAUAUGGGAGGCACUGAGUCGACAAUGGUACCAAAUGUUGCAAAUGAAUUGUUCAACAUAUGCGGGGAACCUAUGCCACCUCUACCUACGGCUGCAGAAGCAAAACAGAAGAAAUCACGCCGUGUUCAACGUGUCGAUAUAUCUCAACUGGCGGGCACAGCGGUUAAUCCCAUACCAUCAGUGUCUGUACCGUCUUGGCCUCAAAACAACUUCACAAAGAAAGAGGGCCAACACAUGUGUCCCGGAUGUGGACGAGGCUUCAAUAACUUGGGUAACAUGAAGCUACACUACAAAAUUAUUCAUCAAAAGGUCAAAGAUUUCGCAUGUCGCUUUUGCCCGAAGAGAUUCUCUAAAGCACAAAUAUUACGACAUCAUGAAUGGAUCCACACUGGCGAAAAGCCAUUCGAAUGCAAAACUUGCGGCAAACAUUUCCGACAGGAGACAGCUUUAAAGAAGCACUACCAAACACAUGAGAAGGGUACAACAAGACGUAGAGUAAGUGCAGAAAAGACUAAGGAGAACUAUCAUGCUCGCCAAAAAACGCAACGCGCUGAACCGGCCGUCAUCAAUCCAGAAUACCAGGACCCAGCCGCCGAACGAGCUGCUGCUUCAGCAGAAUUGCAAGAAUUGCAGAUGGAGGAGAACGCGGCCAAGCGCAAGGCAGAUGAAGAACGGCGUAAGAUUCAGGAAGCCGCCUAUGAACAGUUGCAGAAACUGCAGAAACAACAGGAAAUUGAGAAGGCGCAAUCGUCCUAUGACGGUUACUUUGCCCAAAAAGUCCAGGCCGAUGGAACCAGCAUCGAUGCUUUCAAACUGGACCAUGUCUAAAUUGAUCACUGCAAGGGGCUUUCCAACGUAUAUGCAUAA